AUGGCUUCGCUAGAGGACGACGACGAUCGAGAUCUUGCAGGCUCGCAAGACGGAAGCUCCGAGAACGAACUCGAGGACAACCUCCGAGACGCAGAUGACGGCGAUGGUGAUAACGAACCCGAAGCGGAUCAAGAUGCGGACCAGGAUGCAGAGAGCCCAUCCAAUACCAGCCAUGUGUCCGAGGGCGCCGGAGUAGCAUCCCAACCGAAUCCUGAUGUUCCGUUGCCCACACCUGGUUCUGGUAAUAAUGGCACAGUGUCCGAUUAUAUCUCCGCCUUUCACCCCCCCGUGCGCGCAGAAUGUUUGACGUGCUCCACCUACGAUGUUGUUCCGACAACUGCUGCUCCGCACAGCACUUCGAUCAAUGCAGUGACAGCUACGGCAGAUAUGAGAUGGGUUUUCAGUGGUGGAUCAGAUGGAUACGUGCGCAAGUUCAACUGGGUGGACUCGAUCAACAGCAAGUCGAUGUUGACCGUGGCGCAAAGACACCCAUUUGUCGACAGUGUGGUGAAAGCCGGCAUGCUGAUGACAUACUGGGAAAAUAUGGAUGGGCCUUCGUUGUCACCGGUUUACUCGUUGGCGAGUCAUAGCGAAGGUCUUUGGUUGCUUUCCGGGUUGGAAUCGGGCAGUAUCCGACUGCAAUCGGUUCGUCAUGAAGAGGGCAAGGAGAUUGCCCUCCUACAACAGCACACAUCGGCCGUAUCCGUUCUUAGUCUGACACCGGAUGAAAAGUCUUUGCUCUCGGGAAGCUGGGACAAACGGAUUUUUGAUUGGGAUUUGAACACCGGUCAGACCAGGCGCUCUUUUGGAUCCAUUGCUGGACAGAUCUCUACAAUCGAAAUCCGACCGGAAUCGAACAUUCCGGUCCCAAAGGACACGGUCGAGCCGCAGCAAUCAAAUGGGACAUACUCGUCUAAUAACCAGGCCAGUGGAGGCGAAAACUACAGCUUCAUGGAUACUUCAAACGAUCAAGGUGAAUUUGGUGAUGCCUCGAAUCAACCGGCGGGUUCUCCGGCAGACUCGCUUUUUGGUGGAGCUGAUUCUCUAUUUGGAGAUGGCGAUGGUCCUGGUGAAGGGGCUGGUCCAUCGGGCGAUGCGUUUGGUGUCGACGAAGACGAUGAGUUUGGCAAGGUGAUUGCCAAUGGCGCACCUCUAGAAGCAGAUGCCCAGGGAGAGCCCGAUACUAUGGACCAGGAAAACAGCGCUGCAGAGGCACUAGCUCCUCAGGGUGACGCAAACCCAGAUGUGGAAAUGACGGAUGCAAAACCGGAGCCUACAGAGCCCAAUGGGUCGUCGCAGCCCAUGGUCAACGGACUACCUCAUGCCGAGGAGCUGGAGCAGCCUUCUCAGAGUCAGACAUUUACACAACCAAGUCAGUCCGAGUCAAACAACGUGGUAUCGGACUCUACAUUUCUGGCCGCCUCUAUCGACGGCACUAUUCGAGUAUGGGACAGACGGCAACCGGACCCUGUGGCUCGAAUAACUCCAUACAACUCGCCGCCAUGGUGUAUGAAUGCUUGCUGGUCUCCUGACGGGAACUACAUAUAUGCCGGACGAAGAAACGGCACAGUCGAAGAGUUUAGUGUGCACAAAGGACUACGGAAUCCUGAGCGGGUGUUUAAAUUCCCAACCGGGAGCGGGCCUGUAACGGCCUUGAAGGCGAUGCCAAAUGGGCGACAUGUUGUCUGCGCAUCGCAUGAUAUCCUUCGACUAUACGAUUUGAAGCAUGAACAAGUAACCAAACACUCGACCGUUCCAUUCCUCAUCAUUCCAGGUCAUCGCACAGGAACCAUCUCACAGCUAUAUGUUGAUCCAGCAUGCCGAUACAUGAUUUCGACGAGCGGGAAUAGAGGUUGGGAAGGCAACACGACCGAAGUGUUGCUCGGAUAUGAGAUUGGCGUUCCUCGGUGA